GGCAAAACCACUAUACAUGAUACGAGAAAGAAAGGAAAGCCCCAAACACGCAGAAACGAUCGCCGAAGGAAAGUUAAAAACCGGGGCAGCCCAACAAGACAAGCCUUGCGACCAACUCUCCUGACGACGCACAGAAAAAAGAAGAAGAAAAAAAGAAAAAAAGAAAGAAAAAAAAGAGGGAAAAAAAAAAGCAAAAGCAGCCCAGGCGUCACAGACUCACCGGAUCACAGCUGGGCGCCCGCAGAUCCUUCGUGGCUUGCACGCUACAGCCUAGCUAGCCCAAGUAUCCCAGCAUCGCCCAGCAAUCACCCAGCAAUCACCCAGCAAUCACCCAGCAUCACCGAGCUUAGCGUGGCCGCUGGCAGUGCCUGGGCUAGAGCCUAGGGGGGGCUUUCAAACUCCAGCCAGGCUUUUUGGCUGGUUCGCGGUUAGACCUCCGCCCUGGAUAUGAUAUGACUCGUUGGAAGAGAGGGAUGGUUAUUGAUUGUCGUUCUGAUUCAGGAUUAAUUAGUGGUGAUUUUUAAUGGGAAGUUACACAUAUACUGUACCUAGCAAGUUUGCUAGCAGCAGCCGAGCCGAGCCGGGUCCUAGUAAACGAACGGGGUUUGUGGGAAAAAGGUGGCGAUGUCGACCACGUUUUUUUCUUUCCUUUUUGUUCAACCUCGUUUUCCCAUGUCCUACUUAGCGUGGUCGAGAUGGAUAUGGGUGGUGGUGGUGGAGGUGGAGUUCGGUGAUAUUUGUUGUAAGCUACUUACUACGCUCGGAGUUCGUAGUUAGUAAGUUAGUAGUUAGUAGUCGGUGUGUAUCAUCACGGAUCACGAGACUGGCCAGCGCAUCCAUGGAAUGCUCCAGGGUCAAGAACGUGGCAAGCCGCAACUUAAACACGCUCCACCCACCCUGAGGCGGCGAGGGGUUUGGUGUGGAAUUAUUUGUCGGUUCGGGGUUUUCUAGAAAAUGGCUUUAUUUGUCUUCUUCUGGACAAGCCUAUUAUUAUACCAUGACAUUGCCCUCCAUCUAACUAACACAUUUUAUACAUCUUUUAUACUCUCCAUAUAAACUCGCCCAUCGCCCAAACAUCAAUCACCAAACACAGUCAGUUGAACGCAGCGAACACACACGUGCGAAACGGCAAACUAACCCACCAACCCUCUCCUCUCUCCGAUAGCGCGCGCCUUUUGCCAUAUGGGCCCCCUGCUAGGCUGCUUAGCCUGCUUAGCCUGUCCUGCUAGGCUUGUUGAACGCAUGGCAAGCCAUUCAUCAUUUAUUAUUCACCAGGCUAACUAAACUUAAGACUCACAAGGGGGGGGGGACUUUGUCAAACUGGCUCGCUCUCUCGUUCGAAUAAUGCGGAGUAUUCAUGCGGGCUACGGCGGUUGACCGAAAUUAAUUCCUAUUUCUAUUCCUAUUCCUAUUCCUAUUAUUAUUAUUAUUAUUAUUAUUCUUUUUCUUAUUAUUCAACGCCCGUCCUCUCAACUUGCAAGCACCCACCAACCACCAACUACGCCCUGUCUCAGAGUUAGCUUGCAAGAGGAAGAAUUGACUUUGAAUUCCUGAAACAAGCUCACGCGGGGCGCCCCGGUUGGACAGGGGGGGAAAGAAUAAUUAUAAUAAUUGCAAUAAAUAAAAAGAAAAAAGGAAAAAAAGUAUAGGUAUAGAAUAGUAAUAAUAAGUUAGAACAGUGCUCAUCAAUCA